AUGCCUUGCCACCAAACAACACUGCCCCUUCACUUUUCAGUCUUUUUGCCUGGUGUGUUCUGGUCAAGGGCGUGUGCGUACACCUACCGCUUCUCUCUAGCUCCAUCGUUCCGGCCCCUUAAAGUUUAUGACAUACUUUCAGAUCGGCUUCGGGCCGUAAGUAAAAUAUGUAGCCAGCCUGCGACCAUCAGUGGCACCCAGCAGCUCACAGAUUUGCCGUUGUCCUUCUUGGGUCUGUAUCAUGUUGGCCAACCCCCUUACAUCUUUAGCCGAGCUUAA